AUGAUUGAGCCAAAGAAGAGAAUGGCGGACAUGGCGGUGGUGCCUUCAGCUGCAAUGAAGAGACCCCGGACGGAGCUGGUGGCGGCGGCCCAGUCUCAGCAGCUCGUGGCUGGGGGACCUCCGAGGACCUCCAGCUUGCAGGCGCCCAUCAUGCUUAUGUCAGGCCACGAGGGUGAGGUCUACUGCUGCAAGUUUCACCCUAAUGGUGCCACGCUGGCAUCAUCCGGCUUUGAUAGGCUCAUAUUGAUGUGGAACGUAUACGGAGACUGUGACAACUUUGCCACGCUGAAGGGUCACAGUGGAGCAGUGAUGGAGCUACACUACAACACGGAUGGAAGUUUGCUGUUUUCCGCAAGCACGGACAAGACUGUUGGCGUGUGGGACAGCGAGACGGGCGAGCGAAUUAAGCGUUUGAAGGGCCACACUUCUUUUGUCAAUACCUGCUACCCAGCCCGCAGGGGACCCCAACUUGUGUGCACUGGCAGCGACGACGGAACCGUCAAGCUGUGGGACGUGCGCAAGAAAGGCGCUGUCCAUACCUUCCAGAAUACCUACCAGGUGCUCGCCGUCACCUUCAACGACACCAGCGACCAGAUUCUGUCUGGCGGCAUCGACAACGACAUCAAGGUGUGGGACCUGAGGCAGAACAAGCUGAUGUACAACAUGCACGGACACGGCGACUCGGUGACCGGACUCAGUCUCAGCUCCGAGGGGUCAUACCUUCUCUCCAACUCAAUGGACAACACUGUUCGUAUUUGGGAUGUCCGACCUUUCGCACCGAAGGAAAGAUGCGUGAAGAUUUUCCAAGGCAACGUACACAACUUUGAAAAGAAUCUGCUGAGGUGCUCGUGGUCCACUGAUGGCAGCAAGAUAGCUGCCGGAUCUGCUGACAGGUUUGUAUACAUUUGGGACACCACGUCACGCCGCAUCCUCUACAAGCUGCCGGGACACGCCGGUUCUGUUAACGAGGUUGUGUUUCAUCCUGAGGAGCCCGUUGUGCUCUCUGGUGGCAGUGAUAAACGACUGUACAUGGGGGAGAUUCAAUAG